CAUCGAUUAGUCCUGCACUUCCUGACUUGGCUUCGAUUCUUACUGUCUAUCCAUAUCUUCCAACCCAAAACCCUAGCCGCUGCCGCCGGAAAUGGCUCUGCUGGUAGAGAAGACGUCGUCGGGUCGGGAGUACAAGGUCAAGGACAUGUCUCAGGCGGACUUCGGCCGCCUCGAGAUCGAGCUCGCCGAGGUCGAGAUGCCGGGGCUCAUGGCUUGCCGCGUCGAGUUCGGCCCGCAGCAGCCUUUCAAGGGCGCCAAAAUUACCGGAUCCCUCCACAUGACAAUCCAGACAGCCGUCCUCAUUGAGACUCUCACUGCCCUGGGCGCCGCGGUCCGCUGGUGCUCCUGCAACAUCUUCUCCACGCAGGACCACGCCGCCGCCGCCAUCGCUAGGGACUCUGCCGCCGUCUUCGCGUGGAAGGGGGAGACUCUCCAGGAGUACUGGUGGUGCACCGAGCGAGCUCUGGACUGGGGCCCCGGAUCCGGCCCCGACCUCAUCGUCGACGACGGUGGCGACGCCACGCUUCUCAUCCACGAGGGAGUGAAGGCCGAGGAGGAGUUUGAGAAGACCGGGAAGCUUCCAGAUCCGAAUUCGACUAACAAUGCGGAGUUGCAGAUAGUUCUGGGACUGAUCCGGGACUCAAUUAAGGUGGAUCGAAAGAGGUACCACAAGAUGAAGGAGAGGUUGGUUGGGGUUUCGGAGGAGACGACGACUGGAGUGAAGAGGCUGUAUCAGAUGCAGGCUAAUGGCUCUCUCCUGUUCCCCGCUAUCAAUGUUAACGACUCUGUCACCAAGAGCAAGUUUGAUAAUUUGUAUGGGUGCCGACACUCCCUUCCUGAUGGUCUGAUGAGAGCCACUGAUGUUAUGAUUGCUGGUAAAGUUGCUGUUGUCUGUGGGUAUGGAGAUGUCGGCAAGGGCUGUGCUGCUGCUCUCAAAUGUGCGGGUGCCCGAGUAAUUGUGACUGAAAUUGAUCCAAUCUGUGCUCUUCAAGCGCUGAUGGAAGGCAUCCCAGUCCUAACCUUGGAAGAUGUUGUAUCAGAAGCUGACAUCUUCGUGACCACCACCGGAAACAAAGACAUCAUCAUGGUUCAUCACAUGAAGCAGAUGAAAAACAAUGCAAUUGUUUGUAACAUCGGCCAUUUUGACAACGAGAUUGACAUGCAUGGACUUGAAACUUACCCGGGUGUAAAACGAAUCACCAUCAAGCCCCAAACUGACCGGUGGGUAUUCCCUGAAACCCAGACCGGCAUCAUCGUCCUGGCUGAGGGGCGGUUGAUGAAUCUGGGAUGUGCAACCGGGCAUCCCAGCUUUGUCAUGUCGUGCUCGUUCACGAACCAGGUGAUUGCUCAGCUUGAGCUCUGGAACGAGAGGGCAAGUGGCAAGUAUGAGAAGAAGGUGUACGUCCUUCCCAAGCACUUGGAUGAGAAGGUGGCGGCCCUUCAUCUUGGGAAACUGGGAGCUAAGCUGACGAAGCUCACUCCGGAGCAGGCUGCUUAUAUUAGUGUCCCGGUUGAAGGUCCGUACAAGCCCCCUCGCUACAGGUACUGAGAUGAAUGAAGCCAAGCUAAAUAAUGCAAUGCAAUCCAAGGUGGUGCUUCUUCUCUCUGCAUUUUCUAUUGGAUUUGCUACGACCGGACUGAUAUGUAUCAUUGUUGUUAAGUGGUACUACUGCUGAGUGAAUGAAUAUUUAGAGGGGUAGAGGAAAAAGAAAAGCAAAAAUUUUGUUGCUCUGUUUUAGCUGGUGAGUGAGUGCUUCAUUUAAGAAGCUGUGAUGCUGUUUUCUCGGUGUUGAGGGCUGUGUGAUCGUAUCACUUGUCUCUGUAGUAGUCUUGUUCAAGUUCUAAAGGCUUGGUAAUGUUUCACCGCAUUUACUUUCGAGUAAAAAGCUUAGUUGUUACUUGAUAUGUUACUUUUUAACCGAAAUAUAUGGAGAUUGUGAAGUUCAUCUA